CCUUACUGCUGAGUAGAUCGCUAAAAAUGUUGAAAAGUAUAUUUCUCGUCGUUGGUAUAGCGCUUUUGCAAAGCUGCAAAGCCGAAACGCCGGAAACAUAUCUUCUCAAAACACACAGUCUUCCUUCGGACUUGAAUUUUAUGCCGACUUUGGGCAACGGUCACCUGGGCUACACAGUCUUCGGAGAUGCCAUCUUCAUGAACGGAGUCUACAACGGAGCCGGCGGAAAUAGCAAGCGGGCCCGCAUUCCCAACUGGCUGAAUAUCAGCGCGGAAGUCUGCGAUCGCUUCGGUUGUGCCACUGGUAGCGACGUGGACGUAAAUGGAACUAGCUACGAGAUGGAUCUUCGGGAUGGCUACUUCCGCGUUCUCACAACCUACCAAACGCUAGGGGUUUCAGUGGAGCAGAGAACCUAUCCGCACAAGUUUUACAAUCGUGCCCUGGUAUAUGAAGUGGUAGCCAGCAGACUUGCCAACCGAAAUUCGAGGGUUAACUCUCCGAAGUACCUGAAACUGACUCCAUUUCCCGGGAACUCCAGCGAUGCAUUCGAUUUCGUCGUUGUAAGCAAUGGCAGCUCUUCCAGUGGAGAGUAUCGCACACUUAGAGGACGCACAAAGGUGCUGGAGCUCCAUGAGUUUCAACCCGAUCCCCAGGAGGUCUUUGUCCUCUUUAGUGAAUCCUUGGAACAGCCCCUACAACUGCAGUGGCCCACCUGGCAAGAUCAGCUCACCCACACAAUCAUCAUCACCAUAGAUAGGGAGGAAACUGUUGCACGAAAGGAACUGCAAGAUGUGCUGCAGUUAAGCUCUAAAGAUCUGCUCCAGAAGCACACCGAAUCUUGGAACAGCUUCUGGGACAACGAGUUCUCUAUCGAAAUAAAGGGAGAUGCCUUGGAACUCUCACAGAUUGUUAACGCAGGAAUAUUUUAUUUGGUAAGCUCUCUUCCGUCAAUCGAAACCCACCAGAAAAACGAACCCUUCUACGGAUUGAGUCCCACUGGUUUGGGGCGCGGCAAUCUGGAGGCGGACUACCAGGGGCACAACUUCUGGGACACGGAGAUCUGGAUGCUGCCGGUUGUCAGUCUAUUUGGCCUCGAGUAUGCAAAACAAGUGCUAGACUAUCGCAGCAGAAAAUUGGAGGCAGCCAAAUACCAUGCGAAUUCCACUGGCUACAAGGGAGCAAGAUUUCCUUGGGAGAGUGCCUACACUGGCACAGAGGUGACCAACCCAUGCUGCCCCGAAGUGUCCCAACAGGAGAUUCACAUAUCCCCCGAUAUAUCCUUUGCCCUGCAAAAGUUCUUCGCCCAAUCCCACGAUAAUGCCUGGGCCUGUGGCACAGCUUGGCCCAUAGCCCGAGAAGUGGCUGAGUUCCUGGUGAGCCGAGCCUCGUGCGAGGACCCGCAAAAUAUAUGCCACCUACUAGACGUGAUGGGACCCGACGAGGAUCAUCCGAACGUAAACGAUAAUGUUUACACGAACGCUGUGUCCAAAAUUGCACUGAAUUUCGCCGAGUGGCUGGCCAAAACAUGUGGUAACACCAGCACCGAGCUUGUUGAGAAAUGGAGCGAGGUUAGCGAUCGAUUGGUGAUACUGCGAGAUGACGAUCUGAACUAUCAUCCCCAGCAUCAGGGAUACGUCCCCAACACCAUUGUUAAGCAGGCGGAUACAAUCCUACUCGGUUAUCCCUUAAAUUUUGAUACCAGCUCUGCUCACAGUAACGACCUUCGCUUUUAUGGAAACGCAACCCGAGAAUCGGGUCCUGCAAUGACGUGGUCCAUGUUCGCCGCGAAUUAUAUGAGAUCCCUUCAGAUCCAGCCGGCCAACGAGUAUUUCGAGCGUGGCUACAAGAGCUAUGUUCGACCCGAGUUCAAGGUCUGGAGUGAGACCCCCCUUGGCUAUGAAGGAUCGGCGAACUUCCUCACCGGCAUUGGCGGAUUCCUGCAAGCCCUUAUCUUCGGCUAUGGAGCUCUGGAUUUUGGCAGAACUAUAGACGACCAAUUCGUUAUGUUUUUUGGUAUAACUAUGACGCCUCCCAAUGUGGACGAAGUCCAUAUCAGCUCCAUACCAUACGGGGAUGCUAGGUGCAGCUUGACCUUUAAAAAUCAAUCUUCCAGCAUCGAGUGUUCAGAUAGGAUGGGUAAGGGCUUCCAGAAGGUUCAAGGUCAGAAGAAAACAGCGCUCGGCAGAACCUUCAAUUUGACUCGUCGAAAUAAUGAUCAACCCAUUCAGAUCAGAUUUUUAAGAUAAAUCCAAAGUGUAUUUGAAUAAAUAUGAGGAGAAUUA